UAUUUUUCAGUGAUAACAGGCUAACACUGAUAACUGACUGGAAUUUUUGAUAUUUCUCUCGAAAGUAUGAGCAUUUGUAAUUUAAUUAUAAUUUAUUUCUUUUUUGUAUCGUGUUAAAUGAAAUGGAGAACGAUCGCGAAACGAAGAUGAGACGUGAUAAAUACUUGAUGGCUUCUAGAAUAGCUAAUGAAGUAUUGAAUUCAGCUCUCUCGAAGUGUAUACAUGGUGCGCUCAUCAGCAAGAUUUGUUCCGAAGCGGAUUCUACCAUAGUGAAAAAAGCUGCCUCGGUUUAUAAAAGAGAAAAAAUCGGACGGGGUAUUGUAGUUCCAACGAACAUCGUUGUGGAUGUAGGCUCAUCUGAAAGUCAUCCAGAUCACGUACUUGAAAAUGGAAACGUAGUAAAAAUCAUGAUAACACGUAUUUCAUGCAUUUCACCGCCAGAGUGCAACACAUGUUUGUUGACGCCGAAUCUUUUAUGCGCUUUGCAUUCGGCAUCCGAUGCUGUUAUCACGUUAUUUCAACCCGGUAGAUGUAUCAAUGACAUUUUCGAUGCCGUAGAUAAGACAGUUAGAUGUUUAGGCUGUUCGCCUGGCGAGCAAAUCAUAAUUUACAAAUUGGAUAAAAUGAAAAUGAAAGGAUGUAAAAUGAUGCUUCCUAAUAUGGACCCCGAUUCGGAUGACGAUUUUACCGUACAAAAAAACACUGUCUAUUUAAUCGAUUUAAUCGCGAGAAAGGAAGGAUCCUACGACGAAGCUAGACUCAAAUUCGAAAUUAUGGUCUUACCCAGUGGCAAUAUUAAAACGCUGAAUGCGCCCACCGAUUCAGAUCGAAAAUGCUAUAAACCCGAAUUAUAUCCUGAAAACGAAGAAUUAAAGAAAAUACUCGCAAAUCUGGUCAUAGUGAACAGUAAAGAGAAAAGUUCCACUGAAUCUAGUAAAGAAGUACUGUUACUGUUAGUCGAAAGUUUACUCAAGAAAAUGGAAUCCCACAUCUCUAGUUUGGAAACCAAUCGAAAAAUAGAUAAUAAGAAGUUAAAUAGGAAGCUAAAAUCGUUGGAGGACUUAUUAGAAGCAAAUGAGAUAAUCAACGAACUUAUAUGGCGCCCAAUGCAGUGAAUUUGCUUUGAAAAACUUCGUCAGAAAAGGUUACCCACUGAAAACUUCUAGAUUUAAGAUGUAUUUUGAUUGUGUUGUGUUUUUUUAAAUCACGAUGACUAUCUAAUCAGUUCCUACUAAUCCUAGGAUUAUUUUUCAUCAUUUCGAAUAUUUUUUCUCAUUUUGAUUGUGUGAUAUGAAGUAAAUAUUAUAUAAAAUCAA